ACAUUAACACCAAUACUUUCAAUCAAAAACAUCAAAGAUGGCGAAUGAGAGUAAUAAUCUUGGACUCGAAAUCACCGAACUACGGCUAGGUCUUCCCGGAGAUAUCGUCGUCUCCGGUGAGUCCAUCUCCGGGAAGAAGAGGGCUUCUCCGGAAGUAGAGAUUGAUUUGAAAUGUGAACCGGCGAAAAAGAGUCAAGUUGUGGGUUGGCCACCGGUUUGUUCGUACCGGAGAAAGAACAGUCUCGAACGGACCAAAAGUUCGUACGUGAAAGUGAGUGUAGAUGGAGCUGCAUUUUUAAGGAAGAUUGAUUUGGAAAUGUACAAAUGUUACCAAGAUCUUGCUUCCGCUCUGCAAAUUCUGUUCGGAUGCUAUAUCAAUUUUGAUGAUACGUUGAAGGAAAGUGAAUGUGUACCAAUAUAUGAAGACAAAGAUGGAGAUUGGAUGCUUGCUGGAGAUGUUCCUUGGGAAAUGUUCCUUGGAUCGUGCAAGAGGUUAAGGAUUAUGAAGAGAUCAUGUAACAGAGGAUGAAUGAUAUUUAUAGUCACAUGUGAAUGUGAGUGAGCCUUACAGAUAUCUAAAUAUACAUUUUUGCAGUUACUCAAUAUUUCUCUUCGGAAGUCUAAGAUUUCCGAAAUUUCUGUAGAAGUUGUUUUCUUUGACAUAGUUCAUUCAUCUUUAUCUUUUGGUCACUGGACUAAAGUCUAGAGGCGGUUCUUAUAAGCUACUGCAUGACAGUUCAAUAUCAACAAUCAAUGAAAUUUGAAAUAUAAAUACUUAAAC